AUGGUUUCUUGGGCGAUUACUGGGGCUACGCGAGGCAUUGGCCUUGAAUAUGUCAACAACCUCUCUGCCGAUUCGAACAAUGAAGUAUUUGCCCUCAUUCGGAGCCGUACAACCGCUGGUGCGCUUGAAGAUCUUGCCGCAGAUCGCAAGAACAUCCACAUCAUUGAGACAGAUAUAUCCCGACCGGAGAAGUUGAAAGAAACAGCUGCGGAGAUCUCGAAGAGUACCAACGGUUCCCUCGAUGUUGUCAUUCUCAACGCUAGCUCUCCCGGGCCGGAUACUUUCGCGUUAUCGCCUAGUGAUUUUCGCGGCAAAGAAGAAGCACUAGAAAAUGAGUUUUACGAGAAUGUCAAAGCAAACAUCAUCAGCAAUAUAUACGUAAUCGACUCUCUGGUGGAUCUCAUCCGCAAAGGACACGAGAAGAAGAUAGUCUUCAUAUCCAGCCAAAGCGGAGAUAUUGAGUUCAAUCGGAUCACUGGACUCACUGCUCAGAUUGGCUACUCUGUCAGCAAGGCCGGCAUGAAUCUAGUCAUGACGAAAAUCGGAGCCGAGCUAGCCCAGGAAGGAAUCAAGACAUUAUCUCUGAGCCCAGGGUGGGUUAACACAGACGCAGGUAAGUUAAUGCCACGUGAAAUUUUGUCGAUGCAGAUGAUUGACAUCGAAGCAGCUAAAGCAGUCACUGGAGACCCAGAUGUGCGCAAGUGGAUAAUCGGUGCGUUUCACAAGGUUGACCCCAAUGUCGAGGGACCCAGGCCAGUAGAAGAGUCUGUUGCAGACCAGCUUCGGGUAAUUGGCAACUUGAGUGCGGCAGAAAGUGGGAAAUUCUUGACCCAUCAUGGGAAUCAUGAUCAAUGGUUCUAG